AUGUCUUCCUCCGUAGCAUCUUCGCCGUCACUACGACCCACGACAACAGUGACACCUCCAGAUGACGACGGCGAACUGAGCACCUUACCUGACCCACGCAGCCGGGCUAUGAGUCCCGCAAGCGAAGCCGAUAAUGCUCAACACCCCGAGCUGAAUGACGAAGUCGCAACCCUGAGCGCCAAAUUAAUUAACGCCAUCAACCACCAGACAACCCUCGACGACACAUUAUCCGCCACAAGACAAGAGUUGGAAAGAGCACGCGAGAAAAUCAAGCAUUUAGAAGAACAGAAUGAAUCCCAGAGAGAGAUGCUCGCAGGCGAUAUUUGGAUUCGUCGCAAGACCGCCGAGGAAGAAAAGAAGACAAUUAUGCUCCGUGUUACACAGGAGAAGAAACUCCGCGAGGAUGCUGAGAAGGAGCAGAAGAGGAUCGAAACAGAGCUGGAGAGCUUGUCCACCGCUUUGUUCGAGGAGGCCAACAACAUGGUUAUUACCGCGAAAGAGGAGGCGAGAUUGGAGCAGGAGGUUAUCCAAAGAAAGAACGACAAUCUGAGAUCCCAGCUUGGCGAUAUGGAGGCCUUGCUGACCUCACAACAACAGCAACUAGCCGAUCUCAAGCACGUCAUGGAGCAGAUGAUGCUCGAAAGAGACGAUGCUACGACCGGCACAGCUCCUUCGUCUCCCGGCUUUAGUAAACCCGACACCACGAAGGACGAUGAACGCUCAGAAGGCCUAGUCGCUUCACCUCUCAUGGAUCCCACUUCGCCAACGUACCCUACUAGCUUGACACAUCUCAUCCAGCCAGUUCUCAGGACUGAUCUUGGAGCUUACGAGGAUUUCCUUAACCUUACAAAGCUGUCCAGGAAUCGCGCUGGUAGCCGUGUUUCAUCUGGCUCAUUCAACGGUCUAAGUGGGCUGGGUCUUGGUAUGGGCGGCAGCACCUCAAGCGCUCACCCUUCCAAUGCCUCGACUGCUUCCCUAUCCAUGACGGGGACUCCAGCGACGUCAUCGCCGCAGACGCCGAAUACCCCGGCCUCCGUGUCAAGCACGGCCUCAGCAAACUUGGGCCCACCCCCGCCGGCUCUAAAGGAAACCAAGUUUUUCAAGCGUGUCCUGGCAGAAGAUGUCGAGCCGACACUCCGACUGGACAUUGCCCCGGGCCUGUCCUGGCUUGCGCGUCGCAGCGUUUUGAAUGCCAUGAGCGAUGGCUCAAUCGUGGUGGAGCCAAUUCCUGCCAAUGCGCCCUUUGCGUCAAUUGUCAAGCCGCAGUUCUACCCCUGUUCCUUGUGUGGCGACGCACGGAAGGAUGAAGAGCACCUUCGAACAUAUCGCUUCCGAACCAGCGAGUCCGAAUCAGCCCAGAGAUACCCCCUCUGCAAAUAUUGCCUAGGUCGUGUGAGAUCCACCUGCGAUUUCCUCAACUUCUUGCGCAUCGUCAAAGACGGCCACUGGCGAGCGGAGGACGAAGAUGCGGAGAAGGCUGCCUGGGAGGAAAGCGUCCGCCUGCGGGAACAGAUGUUCUGGUCCCGAAUCGGUGGUGGCGUCAUCCCGGCCAGUCAUCAUCAUUCACUACCCUUGGAGAAGAGCCCUCGAACUAGCCAUGAGAGCGAGUCUAGAGACACAGAGCCAGAGGUAGCAGUGACACCUUCGGAGAAUAUCGAUGAUGCUACUCCCUUUGCCACUCCUCUCGAGGAGACAGCUAGCCAGCUGGACGCUGAGGAGUCACUAGCAAGACCAGAGACGCCUUGCCCGAGUAAUCGAAACUCAACACGGUCGUCUUCGCCAGAGAAAAGCUCCAUUGCAGAGAAGGACGGAGAGAAGCGACUGUCAAUCAACAUUCCCAUCAAAGAGGAGCAACAAAUUAUUGUUGCGACAACCGAGGAAAAGGUCGAAGCUACAGCAUAA